AUAUGGCAUAGCUCAAUGACUUUUUGUUCUGAAUCUGAGUUGCAAAGUCAAUAAUGGCGAACUAAACAUAUACAGAUCAAAUCCAGCUUAUGUGGUUGUUUCAAACCACAGCGCUGUUAGUGUUGGGUUACCUCCACUGUUCAGAAUUGGACCUUGAACAGAUAUCAAAGGAAGUUAGUGCUGAGUAGGGUGGAGGAUUUCCGCGGGUCUGUAUGUACGGUCGGUUAAAGUGACCUCCCGUUCAAUGCAGUGCGAAAGGUAUGUUAAAUUACCGCUAAACUAUUUAGCAUUGCUUCCCGGUUCAGCCUCUUUUUGAUAGACACAAAGCCGCACUGUAUACAUCAUUGCGUAACCUGUUCAUCGGGUGCAUGGGCUUGGUCAUCCACGACACGGUGUCAGUUUAAAACUCCUAUCAUCCCACGAUCCCACACAGUCAACACCCUGGAGGUUACCAUCUAAGGUCCGCACUUGACAAGAUUUGGUUGUGGAAAAUUUACUACAUCUUCUAGAUCAACCGUAUAAUUCUCAAGAGCAAGAUGGCGAGCACAAAUAACGGUUCGACAUUCGACCUGGCGACGGCACACUUCGACCCCGACAUUGUGGCCAUCGUAACGGGAUCUGCUGAGGGGCUGGGGAAGGCGUUUGCUGAAGUCAUGCUUCAGAAAGGUGUCAAGGGCGUUUGUUUAGCAGAUAUCAACGAAUCAAAAGGAAAGGAAACACUGGAAGAGUUCAAGAAGUUUGGGGAGGAAAAAGUAAUAUUCGUCAAAUGUAACGUCACAUCGGAAUCUGACAUAGAAGCUGCUUUCACGGAGACCAAGACAAAGUUUGGUACCGUCAAUCUGUUAGUGAAUAACGCUGGUGUACAGAACGAACAAAACUGGCGACUGUGUGUGGACGUAAAUGUGAAAGGAACUUUGUCAGGCACAUACACUGCACUCAAACACAUGAGUCUGAGUGAAGGUGGGGACGGCGGUACUAUUAUCAACAUUUCGUCUUUGGCAGGUCUGAUUCCUAUUCCCUACAUGCCGACAUAUGCAGCUACUAAACAUGCCGUUAUCGGUUUAUCUAAAUCAAUCAUGGCACACCCUACUACCAAGGCAUCUGGUGUUACAAUCGGUGUAUUGUGCCCAUCUUUUGUAGAUACCGCGAUGAUACAUGAAGAUAAUGUUAUACUGAGGACUGAAUCAGAUCGUGCACUCGCAAAGGGAAUUCAACAGAAAGCAGGAAUAUUGCAGGUGUCUGAGGUAACUGAUGCGUUUCUGACGCUCCUUCUGGAUAAAUCUUGGGCUGGCAAAAUCAUGAAGAUCUCCAAGUUGGGUGGAAUGCAAGAUCAGCCAAUCAUGUGAUCGUAUAGACAUCUCAGGAGUUUCCAAAAACGUUCUGUUGAUAAGUAAUUACCUUUGCAAUGAGAAGUAGCUAUCGCUAAAAACGCACUGCAUUGCACUGGUGAGGUUAGGCCCCUAUAGAAUUGUUUCCUUUCAUUGUGCUGAUGGAUUUUACAGUUUAGGAUCGCAUGAUAUAAAUGAUUGGUCUCUGUACAUUUUGUAUGAUUAUGUCAAACAACUCGUCGAAUCGACGUCAAUCAUCGACUGAGCUCAGUUCUAGUGAUCCCUUUUCCUGUUUCAUCUUCAGAUCAUAAACUAACGCCUUUAAGCUGAAUGAUAGCUCAACUAUUUUUAUGAUUCUUUGUUUAUCGAAAUUAAUAUAAAGUAUUAUUACAUUAGUAUUAAUCGUUAAUAUAUGACAUUUUAGCACAGUCUAACACACGCACAGAUAAAGUAUUUGCUGGCCUCUUUUAAGUUUGUUUUAUAACACUGAAUGAAUGAAUCGGCCGUGUGUAAAAAGUUCAAAGUAUUAGUUGACACCAUAAUAAUUUGGGUUUCUGAAUUGACUGUUUCUCGCCAAGUUAAUUAGUUGCAUCAUGAAAAAAGGAUGUCUCUAUGGUUGCACCAACUAUAAGGUACAAGCUGGCUAUAGUAAAUUUCAGUUUAUCAGCUGUACUUACUUUUCAAUGUAAUGUAGUCCUUGUAUAUACUUUAGAGCACAAUGAUUGAUUAUAAGAGAAAGAAAACUGAAGGUAACGCAAAUAUUUCUGCAUGGACACGAAAUGUUCUUUAAAAUGCAGAAACCAUUAUUAUGCCCCUACUAUUAUGAAAGUCUCAUGACUAAUGCUGCAUAUGAUGUUACAUUCUCUGCCCACCACUAUUUGAUGCUAAGUACACGAACCUGUUGUUGUACUGCUUAAGCGGGUAUGAUUGAUCAAUAAGUAACUCAUUGAUCAAUGUAAUAAAUUUUGACUUUACAUAAUCAUAUUAUAGAAUUUAUGAUUGUUGCAUUUAUAUGCCACAUUUUGCUGUUUGUAAAUUGAAAUGAAACAUGUUCACAGAAAGAUUGACAUACUUGCAAACACACGUUCGAAGAUUUUUAUAUUUGUUUAUUUCAGAAAUAGUUCAGUGAAAUAAUCCGAGCUGAAAAAGAUAAAAACAAUGUUUAUUUCAUUAAAUAAAUAAAAUUACCCACAAAACAACA